AUGGCUUCCGCAACAACAAAUAAGCAGGUGAUUCUGAUUGCUGAAUACCCCGUAUUCAGUGAAGAUUUACCUGAUAAGGAUAGCCCUAUUUUGGAGAUGGAUGUGGAUUUGGAUCAUGAUGAUGUCAUUUUCUGGGAGGGAAGUAACUCUUGGAAGAAAUUGGAUGGCGUUGAUGUGUCUGCUGCUUAUCCUAGUACAUGCGAGGUGAACUUGAAUGAAUUCUGCCAUUGGUUGGGGUUUCAGUGUGAUAUGGUGUCUUUUGACUUUAGGAAUGAGAUAUUUUCUGCAACAACCUUAGUCUCGUUUGACUUUAGCAAAGAGAGAUCCUUUGAAAGAACACCCUCUAUCUCGGACAAAAAAUGGGAAAGGUUGAAUAGACGCUUGGUGGUGUUAAAUGGGUAUGUUGCUUUUAUUUGUACUGUUCUCUUGACUGCUUAUUGUCACAUAUGGUUUUUGGGUGAAUUAGGUGUUAAGGAAUAA